AUUGUAGUGAAAGUCUAUGCUCGAGUGCUAUCUGCUGACGUGGAAUACAAGACACUUUCCAUUGGGCCUUAUACUACGAGCAAAGAGGUCGUUCGCAUCUUACUAAACAAAUUCCGAAUGAAACAUCGUGACCCAAAUCUUUAUUAUUUGGCAAUGGAGGUGUGGAUCAGAAAAACGGAUUGUUUGUGUUUGGUAGACAUUGCUGUUAUACUUAGAUUGUUUGUGUUUGAUAGAAUUGGAAAACAAAGGAAUAUGGAUCAACUUGGAACACCAAGGACCAUUCAGAAAGGACCUGCAACAAAUCGAGUACUAGCCACGGUAAGCAAGCUACGGUGUCUUGUAACAGGUGAGAAGCCACGAACAAAAACGUCAGUGGCAAAAUCUUUCUACAUAUCCCAGACAACAGUACAAAAGAUAAUGAAGAAGGAUAUUAAUCAUGAAAAUGAGGCCAAUAGGGUUUGGGUUCACCUAGAAAAUCUGGAAGAGAGGCCAACAAGAUUCUUCAAGUCUGCUCCGCCAGUUUGUAGAUUCGUGCUUCAGAUGAGAAUGGGUGGUUUAGUGAAAGUUUACGAUGGUUGUCUAAUGACUGGAUCAUUGUACAAAAGCCUAUUGGUGUCUGAUCGAACUACAACAGAAGAGUUCAUACAACUUCUUUUACGCUGUUACAAUUCUCAGGAAAGACCAAAUAAGUUCGCCUUGUUCGAAAUCUCGACAACUCAAAAAUAUGAAAGAAAACUUCACCAAAAGGACUACCCACUGUUAAUUCAACAAGCGUGGUCUAACCAAGAAUGUUUUGCUUUUCAUUUGCGCAGAAAUUCAGAGUCUUUCCAUAAACGUAAACUUCUCUGGAUGAGAUGUACCAAUGUUUCUGGACAACACAGUUUUAGGAUGAGUGUUAGAGAUGAAGUUAGUCCUACUGCUAUUCACUCACCAACACUAAAACCAUCUUUCAACAACUAUGAUAACUUUUUUUAUAUCUGAACAGGAAGGUUAGAACUUAACCUGUGAAGCUUGGUGAAAGCUAGUCAAAAUUGUUUAUAUUUUUCACAAUCAAUUGACGUUUAUUUUUAAAGUGAAAUAAUUUAGUUUUACCACUAUAAGAAGCAAGAAACCUUCAUCCUUCACACUAACGUUUGCUUUGCUUUGAUUUUAUUAUAUGCAUUUAUAUGCCCCCCCCCUCAGUGGCACAGUGGUGUGUAUGCGGACUUACAACGCUAGAAACCGGGUUUCAAUACCCAUGGUGGACAGAGCACAGAUAGCCCAUUGUGUAGCUGUGUGCUUAGCUACAGACCAACGAAAAUACUUUUAUGUCUCCAGUUACACUAAUUGUGUUAAUGUUUCUUCUGACUUCAGUGGUCUGUAACAGCGAACUAUCCUACAAACUGACCACUCGUAAUUUCUCCAUUAAAAAUAACAAUUUUUAGGAGUAGAGUUUUAAAUAUUUUAAAGU